AUGGAUGCAGUAGACACAACAACGGCGGCGGCGCAUCCCAACCCGAUCGCAGACCGGCACCACCGCAAAGUCGAACUCCAAUCCCCCAAUGACCUGAGCUACCUGCAAUCGAACCUCGCGGGCUGCGCGCGCCAGAAACUCGAUCUCCACUUCCCCCUCUCGGCCGCGGUGCAACAGGAUGGACCACAGCCUCCUGCGACGGUGAUACGGCUGGACGGUGUCGUCCAACAAAUGACAACAAGGGGUGAGCAGGCGCAAGACGACACGGGUGCGACGAGUAGUGGGCACGCGGCGGCGGUCGAGGAUCCGCUGCGCGCGCGUGUGCGUGAGGUCGUCGAGGCGUUCAUUGCGCGCACCUGGGACGGCGCGUGCAAGAACAUCGCCGUCAACGGGCUGGACGCGACGACUCUGCCUGGUGCCGGCGCGGCGCCUCGCGCGCCUGCGUCCCAGCAGCAGGGAGAAGAGAAGGAGGAGAGGGAAGGGGUUGACUUCGUCUACGAGCCCUACGACAGCCGGCUGCAGGCGAGAGUCGCGGCGCUCUACGGCGAACUCGAGACGUUGACCACGCAAGUGAGCAACCUGAGAAGGACGGCCCCCGCGCAAGGCGCUGAGAUGCUCGCGAAGCGGUUGAAGGAAGAGAUGGAGUCGGACGACAUGGAAUUCGAGCGGCAAAUUACGAGCUCGGGAGAGGCACACGCGGGAGGAGACGGCGGCGGUCUCAAGUUCAAGCCCCCACGAGACGGGUGGUUUGACGAUGUCCACGCCAUGUAUGACCGCGGAACGAGCGAGCUUGCUGCUCUGGCCGGCGUUAACAAAGCCGAGGACGCAGCUGAUGCUCAAGUGUAUGGUGCAAGUCUGACGGAGACUCUGGGCAAGGUUCAACGUGCGAGGACCGUCGCCAUGGAGUUUGAGUGA